AUGGAGAGUUGCUCUACCUGUCCUGCAGGACACUACUGCUCCACUGAGGGUCUGUCCAACCCCAGUGGCCCCUGUGCUGCUGGUUUCUACUGCCCCUACGACUUCUCCUCCGCCACUCCAUAUGCCUUCCUCUGUCCCAAGGGCCACUACUGUCCAGAGGGCUCUGCCAUGGCCCAGCCUUGUCCCACAGGUGAAUACCAGCCAAACCCGGGCUCAGAUAGCUGCAUCCCAUGUCGCCCUGGAUUCUACUGUGAGGAGGCCAUAGUGGGAGAGCCAUUGGCCUGUCCACCACACUCAUUCUGCCCUGCAGGUACCAUGGUUCCUCAGCCCUGCCCUAAUGGGACAUACACUCAUUCAAACCAGGGAGGGCUUCAAGAAGAGAGAGAGUGUUUACCCUGCCCUCCUGGGAGGUUCUGCAGGGCUGGAAGGAUCCAGGGUGUGUGUGCUGCAGGGUAUCUUUGUGUGUCUGGGAGUGCAGAGUUCACCCCCCAGACACCACUGUUUAACCUGACGCAAUGCAAGUGGGGCAUGCAGUGUGCUGGGCCUUGUCCUCCAGGUUUCUUCUGUCCUGAAGGCAUGAUGGAGGCUCAGUCGUGUCCUGUAAAUACUAUCAGAACAUCCCCAGGUGGUGCCAGCCUACAGGACUGCUUAUCCUGCCCACCUCAGCAUUGGUGUAAACCUGGAGACCCGGUGCUUCAUCUGUGUCCUCCUGGUCAUUACUGUGACGGUGUGCCUGGCAGUGAUUUCACCGGAGGAACAGGACCCAGGCCGUGUCCUGUGUUCACCUAUCGAGCUUCACCUGGAGCAGGCAGCAAGGGGGACUGCUUACCCUGCCCCCCUGGUUCCCACUGUAACAGCACAGGAUUUACAGACUACUCCAGCAGUCCCUGCCCACCUGGUUUUUGGUGCAGUGGGUCUGGACCCCCCAUCCCCUGCCCUGCUGGCACCAAGAGGCCCCUUCCUGGAGCUGCUGCAUCCAGCCAGUGUGAACCAUGUGCAGGGGGGACCUUUUGCCCAGAUCCCCGGCUUACAGGAAAACCUAAUGUGGAGGGAAUCCCCUGCAGGGCCUCAUAUCAAUGCCCUAUAGGUGCAGUCUCAGAGAUGUUGUGCCGAGCCGGCUCAUUCUGUGGAUCUCAGACUGCUGAGCCUCCCGUCUGUCCUGAAGGUUACUUUUGCCCUGAGGGAUCCCAGUCCUACCACGACCCCAAACAACUCUGUCCAUUUCCCUACUACUGCCCAGCCAACAGCUCGGCCAUGAGGUCCUGCGAGGGGGGUUCCAUGCCCAUCAACACCAGUGGGCUCAGAGGAUCUAAAAGCAUCUGCUGUAGUGUAUGUGAGGGGGGCACCUAUCGUCCUUACCUCUCUCCCAUCCUACAAUGCCUUCCAUGUCCACCAGGGUACUUUUGCCCACCAGGUACAGACCACUACAAGAGUAACGGCUGUCCUUUAAGUUAUGUCUGUCCCAUGAGAUCAACUCAACCAAUGCCCUGCCCGCCUGGCACCUUUGGAAACCAGACUCAUGGUGAAACAAUAAUGGGUGACUGUCACCCAUGUCCAGCUGGCACCUUCAACCACCUGCCAGCUCAGAAGGCCUGCUUCCCCUGUGGCAGCUCCUCCAUCUCACUAGCAGGUUCUUCUUCUUGCACCUGCCUCGGUAAGAAUCGUGCGUUCCACCCCUCGGAUGGUUCAUGUUUAUGCAGAACUGGUUUCAUCUUCUACAAUGAACUAGAUUUCAAAAGCUUCACCGCUGACAGUGAGUUGGACUGCCAGCCUGAGGUGAGCAAACGAUGUGCAACAGGUCAGGUACGUUUGGCAUCAACCAGAGACUGUGUGUCACCUUCCCUCCACUCCUGUAAUAUCACCUGUGGAACACAUGGAGGAAAUCUGGAUGUAGAGAUGGGCAUCUGCCAGUGUGAGCGAUAUGUGUCUGCUGAGGAGCUCUGCAACACUUCCUGCCUUUCCAGGCUGCCUCAGCUCUCUGCUAAGAUAUCGACAGAUGGAAACCUGCUGCUGAGCCUCAAAGAGAGAGACAGCAUGGUGUGGGUCAGGACUUUAAUGAAUGUUUUAGGACCAGAUAUCCAUGCAAAGAAUAUUGGUAAAAUCCAUUUGGUCCAGUUUGAACCUGAAGGAGUUUUUGGUUGGAUUCCCACACAGACAGAACUUAUCCAUCAAGUCCUGUCAGAGCCAGUGCAAUUCCAUGAUACAAGACAGAGACAGAGGAGAGACACAAAACUUGAUGAUGAUGCCAACUUAGCUGUCCUUCCUCGUAUCCCAAACCCCAUUGCCUGUCUGACCUCUGGCGACAUGCUCAUUUUCCGAAUCACCAUCAACCAAACUGACCGCCGGCACAGCCACUUCCCAGUGUAUCAGAAAGACCACCUGUUUAACAGCAACCCUAGCUGGGACUUUGGUGCCUUCAGACGUCUACAGAUACUCAUGAAGCAGACAAGCGUCAACGCUACAUGUUUCGCCCAUGUGUUCACAGAGACAGGGAAGUAUACAUUUGUUGACAGUGCGGUCCCAGAGUGGAGUUUGGUGGUGGUGGUCAGCGAGGAGGGGAUGGAGUGUGACCCUCGGGCGUCGGUCUUCCAGCCAAUGGCGCCGGCACAGCUGGUCAAACUCGGUAUUGUCAAGCAGCACAGACUCAACCUGCUUCCUGACUGGGGAGUGAUAGCAGGGAUCUUGAGUCUGCUGCUGGUUGUAGUCGUGGUUUUGACCAGCACAGUGCUGGUUCUGCGACCUGGCAAAGCAAAACUCAUCUCCCAGUGGAGAAUGAAGCCAAAGUGGCGCAGCCUUGGGGAGCCCAUCUGUCCAGUGGACUGUACAUGCAGUGCAGAGAGCAUAGCUGUUCCAAGCCAUGGAGGCUUUCUGGGCAGCAGGGGUGUUGGAGAGGGAGCAGAGGCUGAGGAGACUGUCAUAACAAAAGGAGGAAGUGUGUCUGGCCGUUUUGAUCUGGAGGACUUCAAUGUCAAGACUCUUUACGAUAAGCUAGAGGAUCAAAACCUCCACAUAGCGUCACAACUGGCCCGACACCGCAAAGACACGCAGGAGUUUUACAGAAAUAUUUGUCAACAGGCUGAAACCCUUACGAAUGUCUUUGAGAAUAUGGACGGCAAAAAACUGGGUCAUCUUAAAGAGCUGCUGGCAAAUAAUUCCAUGACGGAUAAACCGUCUAACAGCAGUGCAGCAGAGAGAGACACACAGGACGAAGCUUCUCUAGUGUUACUUGGAGCUCUUGUGAGGUCAGUGGAAGCUCUUUUAUGCAGGCUAAAAGGAGAAGCAUGGCAGAACCAGGACAUGUCUGGUCCACCAUACUGUCAUACCGGUGCUCACGAUGCCAGGGAAUGUGAGCCGCAUGCUGGUGACAUCAGCAUGUGUUAUACACAGUUUUCUCCAGUGAGCAUGACCAAAGCAGAUGCUCUUCCCCAUGAGACGGUCCCUUUACAGAGCACAGCUCCUUGUCUGAGUGACCACGACCUGUCCAAGCUGGUCAGCAUAUCUCCUCUAUUCAGAACCCUGCAGGAGAUCCAGCAGUCUUUGCAUGACCUUACCAAUACUGAGGCUAAUCAGAAUGACCACUAUGAGCUCUCUGUCCAGGACAACCAUGAUGGACAGCUCAUCCCCACUGCGCUGGAAAGCCUCUCACCUAAUCACAGUGCUGUUUUCCUGUUUGGUUGCCAGAUGAUGCAAUUGCUUGCAAACUGCCCCCUGUUCCCCACUGUGCUUCUGCUCCUGGCCAGGUCAAUCCCUGUUUCUCCAGCUUCCUCUAACAGGGCUCUUCUGGCACAUUGCUCAAGAGACUUUUAUUUUGAUCGGACCAAUCACAUCCUUUAUCUGUCAGAGGUAAAGCUUCAGCAUGCCGGACAUUUCAUGGCUACUAUUCUACAAGCCAUGGCCUACAUAGCAUCAGGAUCCAAACCUCAGAGCUUUAUGCAAGCUCUCCAUGAGGCCAUUUCAGCGUUAAGCCUUCAGCUGUUCAAUUCUUCUUUCAAAUGGAGCACAGGAGAGUCAAAAUGUAAUGCUUCAGCGGGGCGACAGGGGGCAUUCGUUGAGGAAUUUCUCAACAUUAGAGUUCCCAGUGAGCAGCACUUCUCAGAGCAUCUUUUAGCUAACAGACUUGAGAAAUACAAAUACUUCAAGUUAGAGCAGCUCAUCCUGAACCUCAAACAGAGUUCAACUGAGGACCUAGACGCAGGUUUUCCACCAAAAGGGACACCGAUACAGAUGUCCUGUGUGGAGGAAGAAAUUGACCGCUUGAACGAGUGUUUCCUGCAGCUGAGCGUGCAGCUUCAGAAGAGAGCUCGAAUGGGCAUAUGGCCAAAGGAGAGUGAGGACAGUGCGGCUGGCAAUGCUGCGAGCGCAACACCAACAGGCAUGCCAAGCCUCAGUCGUAAUGGAACAAUCCUGCUGGAACUGAGGAGACGCUACGUAUCACAGCGCCUCGAUGAGCUCCAAACCACAUUAGGCCACAUCAGACGGUGCCAGCAGCAUGACAGCAAGUCAAGAGAGGGGACAAGAGGCCGUACACAAACGGACAGCAGCAGCAGCACUCAGCAGGGGCAGUGCCAGGACAGUAGUCGCAGCCAACAAACCACAGAGAGCAGAGGUCUUGGCCCAUAUAACACGGAGAGUCAUAUUUCUGACCAGCAGCGGAGUGAAUCUUUACUAGAUUGCAAGAUAAUAGAGAGCCAAGAUCAGCUGCCUCUGAAAGGCCCAGGAGAGCAGGACGUGUGUAGUCACAUCAGAAUAGAAAACACAACUGAACAUACAGAUAUUGAUGACAUUUGGGGAUCUAGUGAUCAGAAAUUGGAUCUGAAUAAGGAAAAAUGCUGACAAACAACUUAUUUUCUCAAGAUUAUUACUUACUUACGAAGAGUUAUUUUCUUUUUUUUGCGUUUGGUUAAAAACAUUUUUGUUUGGUUGUUGAGGAAUGAUCCCACAGACCUCUGUCUUAAUUUGCACUAGCCUUGAAACAUUUCAUCUGAGUUCUUUCUAAUUAUCUCAACUCUUGAAUGGUAAUUAUUUCUGGGCAACAAGCAGCCGUGUCACAUAAUCUAUCAUUUUGUGCAAACAGGAGUUAAAAGCAGACCUCUGGUACAGCCUCUGCUUAUUAGCAUAUUCUAAUUAAGAUAAUAAACUCUAGCGGAAUGAA